AUGCGUAGAACGGCAUCGCGGAACCUCAACUUUGAUGAUAGAAAUGAUGCAGUAGUUGAUUUCUCAGUUAAAGCUCUUAAGCAAAUGGAGUUCGACCGGCUUACGGUUGCUCCUAAAACGCUUCUGACGGUGGAUCCACUAGUAUCAGAUGAGGAGGAUGAGGAGUCCGAUGCCAACCAUGAAGGCAGACUCCUCUCUCAUCUGGUCAAUGAUACUACAGAGGUAGACUUUGAAGAUACCAUGCGUGAUACGAUGCUUUGUGAGCUCGUUGCAUCGGUCGCGACUAACCGGCUGAAUGAGGUCGCAGACCAUGUAGUCAAACCAACACAAACAACUUUCAUGCAAGGACGGAACAUCUUAGACGGUGUUGCUGUCCUACAUGAAACUGUUCAUGAGCUCCACCGUAAAAAGUUGAAUGGGGUCAUCUUUAAGAUUGACUUCGAGAAAGCUUAUGAUAAGGUGAAGUGGCCUUUUUUGCUUCAAACUCUUCGUAUAAAAGGGUUUUCCGAUACUUGGUGCCGAUGGGUUGAGAACUUUGUGUCUGGAGGUAGCGUGGCUAUCAAGGUGAACGAUGACAUAGGCAAUUAUUUCCAGACUAGGAAGGGGCUACGCCAAGGCGACCCCGCAUCACCUAUCCUUUUCAACAUCGUGGCUGAUAUGCUAGUUACUCUCAUUGAGAGGUCCAAGCUAGCUGGUCAAAUCACCGGGGUCAUUCCUCGUCUAGUAGAAGGAGAGCAUGUUGUCAACUCAGAAGGUGCACUCGAGUUCCCCUUGUUUCACACCGACCACCCAUGCGUUCAACAACAUCGUGGUCGUCCGAUGUCAACUGAAAGCAUCACUGAAACUGAUGAUACGGACCUGCCCAUUGACUUGAUACGGAAUGACAGCAUAAACGACUUUGCCUUUCUAAUGCCCGUCCAGCUGGGCGCGCCACCGGUCUGGAACCUCGUGGCAGUUGACACUGGAUCUCCACUCUGCUUUGUUCAAUGUAGACCUUGCACCCUCUGGUGCAACGAUCAAGAGGGUGCUGGCCAGAUAUUCGAUCCCAAGAAGUCCAAGAGUUUCAGGCGUAUUGGGUGCUCGGCGAAAGCCUGCCGCGCACUUCAGUCGCGGCUGCGUCUGCCGUUCAAAGCAUGCAUGGAGAAAGAGGAUAGCUGCCUUUACAGUGCGUCAUACGGGAAAGGAUCCUAUUAUUCAGUCGGCAAGCUGGUGGCAGACACAAUCUCCAUUGGGCGUGAUGGCAAGGGAUACAGUAUUCCCAGCUUCAUCUUCGGCUGCAGCUUGGACAUCGAGUAUGAUCAGGGCGAGGCCGGCAUAUUCGGGUUCGGUGCCGCGCCGUCUUCUUUCUUCUCACAGGUAGUACGGGUGGUUAACUAUCGGGCAUUCAGGUACUGUUUUCCGAGUGACAGAAAGAAGACUGGAUAUUUGUCCAUCGGGGAUUACAACCGUGACAAUUCUACUUCUUACACCCCCUUGUUCGUGGCUCAUCAACGGCCGGUGUUUGCACUGACGCUGGAUAAGGUGGUGGUCGAUGGGAUCACGCUCAUCACAGACCCCUCAGAAAUGAUGGUUGACACUGGGGCAAAAUGGACGGUGCCGCGGUCUGAUACCUUCAGCCAACUUGAGACGGUAAUCUCCAAGGCUUUGGGAACUUUGGGAUAUAAGCGCACCCUUGUUCUGGGACCAAAUCAUAUGUGCUAUGAGGAGGACUUAUUCACAGUGUUCCGCAAUUGGUCCGCUUUGCCUGUGGUACAGCUUUCGUUCGACAUGGCUGCGAAACUUACAUUGGCACCCGAGAGCUCAUUUCAUUUUACAAGCAGUCAUGGACUAUGCACGUAUUUCAUGAGAGAUGCUGGCAUGGGGAAAGCAGGUUUGCAGCUGAUGGGGAACUCGGUCACACGGUCGAUCGGCGUCACCUUUGAUUUUCAAGGGGGCCGAUUUGCUUUUAGGGAUGGAGACUGCUGA